AUGCAGUUCCAGUAUGCUAUCAUCCUGUUCACCGUCCUGGCCUCCUCCCUAGGGGUCGCCUCCGCUGAUCUCCAGCCCACCCGGAUAACUCCUCCAUCUCCAUCGGUCUGGGUUUCAUUUACUCUUCUCCCUGAGCGCGUAUUGUCAGUGUCCCUCACGUUCAUUUGGGAUAUCACUCACCUUUCCUCGCAGCCUGUCUUAGGCGUGAAAGAGAAGUAUUGGUUUAUGCACUGUGGCGGUAAUCAGCUUGUGCUGCCGUGUGUGCAGGAAGAUUACUCAGUAUCCGUCGCUCUCUUCAUCGACAUGUCGUCCGCUCGUUACAUGAGGUUAUCUUUGUCGCUUCCUGUGCUUGAGACACCACCUACGUCAAAUCAAGUUUCAGCCAACGAUUCAAUUAUGCGUACCGAAGGUGCAAGCGAUGCUGGAGGCCCAGGAAAUGAAAUACUACGUGACCCCGAAUUCUGGUUCCCGGAUGGUAGCAUCGUGUUCGUAGCACAAGGUCAUGGAUUCAGGGUUUACCAAGGGUUUCUGGCGCAAAAAUCCGAGGUAUUCAAGGACCUGUUUGACCUCGGAAGUUGUGACAAUGCCAUAUGCAUCGACGGCUGCCCCAUGGUCGACAUGCCCGAUUCGGCGGUCGACCUACGCAACAUGUUACGUGUAUUAUUCUAUCCGGAGAGAUAUUGGCCGCACGACCAGCCAGUAGCUUUCGGGAUCGUCGCUAGUCUCGUUCGGCUGGGUCACAAAUACGAAAUUCCCCACCUAAGGAACGUGGGGCUCGUACGUCUCAAGUCCAUCUUCCCAGAUAGUUCUGCAGCAUGGCGUCAAGUGUAUCCAGCCGGGAAAACCGACCUCGUGAGGCUUGCAGACCGCCGCGAGGCCAUUACCGCUGUCCACCUAGCUCUCCUCACAAACACGCAACGCAUGCUUCCCGCUGCGCUCUACCUGUGUUCCCAGCUCCCUGUCGACGUACUCAUUGAUCCCUGCUCUGGUCCGGAUGGCAUUCCAGAACCGCUGCCGCCUGCUUUGCUCGUCAAGUGCCUCGAAGCCAAGACAUACUUUGCACGCGACUACCCGCGCAUGUGCGCCCGCAUUCUGGCCGAAAGCUUCCCCGCUCAAGGCCACGAUUCUUGCCGCAUAGGCAAGGACUGCAUGCUUGGCUUCACUGUCAGCGGCGACUUAGCCACAGUGGAACAACUUGAGCGGCAUGGCUACGAUCAUUUUGCCGGAUGGAACCAGAUGGUUCAAUAUUCCAGAGAUGAUUGGCCUGUGGACCGCCGCCUCUGCUAUGGCUGCGCAUCUACUCUGCUACGGAAGGAGGAAGAGGAGUACUUUGCCGCGUGGAAUUCUCUGCCUGCUCGUUUUGGCUUGGAGAUUCCCAAAUGGAUACCGGAAGCGCCAUCUCUGGAUGAUUUUUGGCAUAUGCAUGAAAUACCGUUCUCUUUGAAGCAUCCCCGAUUCGUAGUUCCGCUGCUGCUCGCUCCAUGGCCAAAUUCACCAUUCUUUUCAGCCGCGGCAUAUGAUUCUUUUCAACUCGUCUCCAUUUCUGCAAGUCUUUGUUUUCAGGCUUGCCCCCUCAUCGCUACCACCAAACCCGGUCCCUUCGAGUUUCCAACCGGCCCCGAGGCCUACUCUGUUCUCAAAGAGCUGAGGGUUCUGGGUGAACACCCCCUCGCUAGUGCUUGGGACAGCGGUUUAGUCGACGGCCUUCGCCGUGGCCUGAACACGAUGGGCGUCAACUGGACUAGUAUCGAUGCGCUCCGCAUUGGCGAAGUCGGAGAGUCCUCCGGCACGGCCAUCGUCUGGAUUGGCGUCGAGUUCGGGGCGCUUAGCUUCAAGGAGGGCAGCGUCGUCGCCCACAAAUGCCGCACGUUCAUUGACAGCUACGGUAUACACGACUACCACGUCGACAUUAGGGAGUAUCUCCUCCCUCUCGACAAGGACGACAACAAGGAAUACGAGCGCAAGGAUGACGGCAAGGCGCGUGCAGACGUAGUCAUCCUGGGCACCUCUAGUUUCAACGAUAAGCUUGCUGUCAUUGACUACGACAUCAGGGGUCAAGAGUCUGUGAUCAUCGAUGCGAACGAGAGGAUCGAUUCGGUUAAGGGCUUGGACGACCCUGGGUCAGUCAGGGAGCGUGAGCAGGCGGGGCUGAAGGCACUCAGGGCCUUUCGCCACGAGAUUGCCACUCACUGGGAGGCGAAGGAGAACCGUGUCUUCGGGGAGCUCGUCUGGGCUCCUCCCAUCGUCCUCUCCACCGACCCCGGUCAGUACACCCUGGACAUCGCCGUCAUCAAAGUCGACGCGGGCAUGCUCGACGCCAACAACUAUCGCGGCAACGCCAUCAAUAUAGGCGACAAGUACACGCGCCAGCAAUUCAUGGAACAGGUCUGUCUGCACCCCACCAGCUCCACUUCCUUCAAAUUUCCCGCCAACCGUUGCGUGGCGCUCCAAGAUCAGGUCCCCGCGAGCGACCUCGUCAAGCCGCCUAUGCUCGAUGCCAACCGCGAGUCGUGUUUGCUCGUCUUCAAGAACGGCGCCAAGACGGGUUUUACUCCGUAUUUUACUUAUUCACAACUGAAGCACAGCAGAAUAGUCACCCGACGGAACAAGCACCACCAGCGUACGAGGAAAUCCAGCCAGCCUCCAGCCGAAAUCGCCAAAGAACUCCCGUUUCACCUCGAAGCCAAGCCCACGCUGGCCCGUCUAGUUUCUUCCCAAUAUGCUCCUGGACCCGCAGUCUCCAUUCUUGACCGACGAUUGAUACACGGCGAGUGCGUUAUCGUGUUGCUGGACCCGCCGCCUCCCUCUUUCCGACGGCCCCCGGCGCCUGAGCUGCCCUACCCAUCAUUCGAGCCUACUGCACUAAUGGGUCUGAGCGGCAACCUCUCUACCGCAUUCCCUUUGCUUGCACCGCCAUCGACUGCGGAUCCGCAUCCAUUCAUCACGCAUGACGUGAGUGAGCAAGACUGGACAUUUUUUGUGCGGGACGUCAAGGCGGCAGCGUUGCUCGCUCCCUCGAACAGCAUGUUCGCGGGCGUCGCGCCUGUCCACAUGCGUCUCCCGCCCAUCAUUAACCUAAUUGUCGCCAAGACCCUGGAGCACCACUGGCAGAACAAGCAGAAUGGGCCCUCCGGGGAGGUGGUCGAAUAUUGGAACCAUCAUUUCUUCCAUCCGCGCCGUAUGCGUGUUGUGCUCGCACGUGGAGCCGUGAGCUACUCGGGCCCGGACGCACCACCACCUGAUAGACGGAGUGCAUCUUCGAAAGAUGUUCCCACCGAUAGUCCUGUGAGCGACAGCGCAUCGGGAAGCUACAAGGGAGAUAAGCGGUCACACAAGGCUGCCAAGGCCGAGCUCAGGCAACAGAAAAAGCAGCGGGAGAACGAACGAUCCGAAGCGGCCAGUGAGAACUGGCGGCUAGUCAUCACGUCGUACACUCCUUGA